GUUCUACUGACGUUACUUUCUCUGACCUCAGUUUGUCAGUGGUAUUUUUUCUUCGGGACACAGCGGUUUGCGGCGCCAUAUUGAAAGACACAAAAUAUUUUCAUAAACGCCUAAAAUAUCUAAUUUGCCAAGAUGCUGUACCUAGAGGAUUACCUCGAGAUGAUCGAGCAGCUACCCAUGGAUCUCCGCGACAGAUUUACGGAAAUGAGAGAGAUGGACCUGCAAGUUCAGAAUGCCAUGGACCAAUUGGAGCAGAGGGUGAAUGAGUUCUUUGUCAAUGCAAAGAAGAACAAGCCAGAGUGGAGGGAAGAGCAGAUGGGAGUUAUCAAAAAGGAUUAUUAUAAGGCAUUGGAGGAUGCAGAUGAAAAAGUACAGCUGGCCAAUCAGAUUUAUGAUCUGGUGGACCGCCACCUGAGGAAGCUGGACCAGGAGCUGGCUAAGUUCAAGAUGGAGCUGGAGGCUGACAAUGCUGGCAUCACUGAGAUCCUGGAGAGACGAUCCCUAGAGAUGGACAGCCCUUCUCAGCCCGUCAACAACCACCAUGCCCACUCACACACCACCGUGGAAAAGAGGAAGUACACCACGCAGCCGAGCCACCACACUACAGAGCACGUCCCGGAGAAGAAGUUCAAAUCUGAAGCCCUGCUCUCCACACUCACGUCAGACGCCUCCAAGGAGAACACACCCGGCUGUCGCACCAACAGCACGACGUCAGCCUCUAAUAACGUGUACAGUGUAAACUCAUCCCAGCCCCUGGCCUCCUACAACCUCAGCUCUCUGCCUGCUGGGCCCGGUGCUGGGGCAGGGGCCAUCACCAUGGCUGCAGCGCAGGCUGUGCAGGCCACCGCACAGAUGAAGGAGGGCAGGAGGACUAGCAGUCUGAAGGCCAGCUACGAGGCCAUUAAAAACAAUGACUUCCAGCUAGGGAGGGAGUUCUCCCUGACCUCCCGGGAUACCACGGGGGCCUACUCCACCUCCGCCUUGGCCAACACCCUCACCCAGACCCUCACCCCAGCCGGCUCAGCCGUCGCCUCCGACUCCCGCGGCGGACGCAAGACCAAAGGCAACACCAAGUCUUCCAACCACCAGUCGUCGUCGUCCUCGUCUUCUUCGUCCCUGUCGUCGUGCUCCUCUUCUUCAGCCCUGGCCCAGGAGCUGUCGCAGCAGGCCUCGGCCCUCCCAGAGUCUGAGACCAACAACCAGGUGGACUGGACCUACGACCCCAACGAGCCCCGCUACUGCAUCUGCAACCAGGUGUCUUAUGGAGAAAUGGUGGGCUGUGAUAAUCAAGACUGCCCCAUCGAGUGGUUCCACUACGGCUGCGUGGGCCUAACAGAAGCCCCGAAGGGGAAGUGGUAUUGCCCCCAGUGUACUGCCGCCAUGAAGAGGAGAGGCAGCAGGCACAAAUAGACACCCCACCUCUACUACCCCACUCCUCAUCCAGGACCAUCCCCCAUCCCACACCCCUACCCCUCCAAACCAACUGUCAAUGCUAUUUCAACUGUAGUUCCUCCCAACAAGUGUGUGUACCUGUUGUGGCCACACACAGUAUUCUUAUUCACCUGUCUGUCUGUGUGACCUCUCAGGGGUCAAAACAGUGGGGUCAAGGGUUGUUAUUGCAGGGUCAAUCCUGUGUGAAUAUUUGGAUGAGACACCUGACUAGAAAAUCAAGACAAGGAGCCAAGACUUCCUGAAACUGCACCUCCUGGUUGGGUGUUCAUUGUCCUCCCCCGCACCCCCCCUUUCCUCAAUUUUGAGCCUUGGCGCGCACCUCUUCUCUCCCACGUUCAUCAGACAUUCCUUGCCUUUCCCCUUGUUACAGGAAGGGCUGCCACCCCCUGGCUUCCACGCACGGCUGCAACAAGAAGUGCUCAUUACAGUAAAAUGCUCACAGGGGAAUGACACAGACUGGGAAAUGUAGUCCAAGGGUGUUUAUUGGACUACAAAACCCAACCCCUCUACAAGUUUUGAUUUUAAUUCUAAAUCGAAUUGAUGAAACACAACUAAGACUUUUAAAAGAUGAGGAUUGGGACAGUGGUCAUUUCAGGUAACGUAUGGAUGAAUAUGACUGAACCUCCACCAUUGAGUCCUGUAAAGCUGAAGAGUUCAGAAUGUACAGUGUAAGAUCAGUCGUAACUGAAGCGUGUAUGUCUGUGAGUGUAAGUGUUUUUGUAUGUGCGUGUGUGUGUCACUAGUCAUUCUGUACUGAGACGGUGUGUUAAAGUUUCCAGAGAUGUAGGAAAAAAAAUCAAAUAAAGUGAUCCAAGUUCUUUUGGUA